UAGUCCACUUGUAGUGCUGGCCACUGAGUUCGAUGUCACGCCACCGAGCCGCGCGCUUGCGUGUCUUCCCUUCCUUCCUGUUCGGAAAUGCACGAGACCUAAUCCUCGACGCAGCUCUCGUCAGUCAUGUCAUCCAUCGCCCGCACGUCCGCCGCGCGCCUCCUCUUGAAUGAUUUCCGUCACACUCUGCACGCAUCGCUCCCGUCCAAAACUGACAAAGAAUGAAGACCCCAACGGCGCCAUCCGUUCUGGUGGCCACAUACUCGUCCAGGUCGCUAAAAGCGCAUUCCGAGUCCGCGAGAGUCUCCCAUGUGUCGUCCAUCUUAUAACCUCCUGGAUCCUCUUACAGCCAUGGCAAACCCAAUCAACCGGCACCGAUGUCGCCGAAGAAGAAGGAGGCCGCCUUCCAUCUCUCCGCCGUCAAACCGCCCCAAACCAGAAAAGAGCAGCAGCAAAGAGGCAUGUCGAGCUCCUACGAUUGGCAGCCGUCCUUCCCGUCCUCCUCCCGCUUGUCGCGAGAGCAGGAGACGUCCGUCAUCGUCUCCGCGCUCGCUCACGUCGUCUCCGGCUACGCCACCGCUCCCGCCCAGCUCCCUGUUGCCGAAACCUGCCGCAUGUGCGGCAUCGACGGGUGCCUGGGCUGCGAGUUCUUCUCCUUCGACGAGGACGAGGUAGCCGUCGCGGCGUCGGAGAGCAGAGGAUCCGGCGGGGCGAGGAAGAGGAGGAAGAAGAAGAAGAGUAAGUACCGCGGCGUGCGGCAGCGGCCGUGGGGGAAGUGGGCGGCGGAGAUACGCGACCCGAGGCGGGCGGUGCGCAAGUGGCUGGGCACGUUCGUCACCGCGGAGGAGGCCGCGCGGGCGUACGACCGCGCCGCGCUAGAGUUCCGCGGCGCCCGCGCCAAGCUCAACUUCCCCUUCACGGAUCCGCAGCCGGCGGCGGCUGCCCAAGCAAGUCAUCGCGCGGGGCGACUCAACGCGUCCUCCACGGCCGGCCACCCACGAGUCUCGCCACUGCAGCAAGAGAAGCCAUCGGUGGCGGACCGUGGAAUGCAGGAAACGAUGAAAGUGUGGGAGCUUAUCGUAUGAUCUGGGACCAGGUGGCGCUGAAGGACGAUGAUGACGAUAGAUAUCUGUGAAUUCCAAACUACACUAGAAGAUAUAUUCAC